GAAAAAAUAAGAAACAUGAUGCUUGUUCAGUCGCGUUAUAUCACGCGAUCAUCUCUCUGUCUCUCUUCGUCUCAGCUCCGCGGGCAUCGGACAAUACGCUGAAAAAAGGUGAAGAGAGAGAGAGGGAGAGAAAGAGGGAAAAUACCGCGGAGAAUCAGAGAGAAGCGGGCAAAUGCAUAAAUUGGUUGGCCGCGAAUUAGUGACUGCUGUGUGAUGGGUGGAAGUGGAACUCUCGUGGACGGUGUUCGUCGCUUGUUUCAACGUCUGUCUUCCACCAAUCCUUCAAAUAAUCACAACAAUAGGAAUAACCCGUCGUCGUCUUCUUCUUCUUCUUCUUCUUCUUCCUCUUCUUUUUCGACUGCUUGUGUUAAUAGCCACCACAACAGCAACAAUAAUAGUAUUAACCAUAAUAAUAAUAAUCACGAUAAUGUUAAUUGUGGCCACGUAUCUGUGAGCGAAUUGCGGGCACAAUUGACUACUAUUUACGACAGGCAACAGGAGGAAGAAGCAAGAGAAGAGGAGCUCAACCUCGUUGACGACUUUGAUUUGUCUGGCUUGAAGUGCAUUCGAGUCCCAAAACGCAGUUACUUCCUUGGUGUCUCCAUGGAUCCUCACAAGAAGGUUUUCUCUCUCUCUCUCUCUCUCUCUCUCUUGUUCGUUUAUAUUCAUUUUGAGAUCUAUGUAUAUUUUGGGUUUGGCUCAGAUCCCUUCUUAGCUGUAAAGCUAGAAAGUUUUCCCGGGCAAGCCUCAAAUGUAUUUCACCGAGAUUUAAAGCCAAAAAACAUUCUUGCUAAUGCUGAUUGCAAAUUGAAGAUAUGUGAUUUUGGGCUUGCUCGAGUAUCUUUCAAUGAUGCGCCAUCAGCCAUUUUCUGGACUGACUAUGUUGCUACUCGAUGGUAUCGUGCACCUGAACUCUGUGGUUCUUUUUUCUCCAAAUACACACCUGCAAUUGAUAUAUGGAGCAUAGGAUGUAUAUUUGCAGAAAUGCUUACAGGAAAACCAUUGUUUCCUGGGAAAAAUGUGGUGCACCAAUUAGAUCUCAUGACUGAUAUACUUGGCACUCCUUCAGCUGAAUCAAUUGCAAGGAUUCGGAAUGAAAAGGCAAGGAGGUAUCUUAGUAGCAUGCGGAAAAAGCAGCCUAUACCAUUUUCACAAAAGUUCCCGGAUGCAGAUCCAUUGGCUCUCUGCCUGCUUGAACGUUUGCUUGCGUUUGAUCCUAAAGAUCGUCCAACAGCUGAAGAUGCAUUGGCUGAUCCUUACUUUCAUGGGUUGUCUAAUGUGGAUCGUGAACCAUCCACUCAACCUAUUUCAAAACUUGAGUUUGAGUUUGAGAGGAGAAAGUUGGCAAAAGAUGAUGUUAGAGAGUUGAUCUAUCGUGAGAUAUUAGAAUAUCAUCCCCAGAUGUUACAGGAGUAUCUUCGUGGUGGAGAACAGACUAGUUUCAUGUACCCAAGUGGUGUUGAUCGAUUUAAGAGACAAUUUGCACAUCUUGAGGAGCAUCAUGGUAAAGGUGAAAGAAGUACCCCACUUCAAAGACAGCAUGCCUCAUUGCCUAGAGAAAGGGUUUGUGUCCCUAAGGAUGAGAGUGCUGAUGAAACUGAGAGAAGAACCGCAGCUUCAGUUGCUUCAACACUCCAAAGUCCUAAAAAGUCACAACACUCUGAUGGUUCAGAGAAUGCAAACAUGGGAGAAAAUGGACCUAGCAAGCCAAACUACAGCGCCCGCAGCCUUCUGAAAAGUGCUAGCAUUAGUGCCUCCAAAUGUGUUGUUGUGAAACCAAGGAAGGAUUCGGAGCAAGAGGAAUCAAUCACUGAGGUUAGUGAUGAGACGGUCAACGGGUUAUCUCAAAAGGUUGCAGCUCUUCACUCGUGAGUUCGUGUCUUUUCCCUGUUGUAGAAGGAGUCAAGAGAGUGGGUUUAAUUUCUCUGAUCAAUUUGCCAUGAAAAAUUGAUAGAGGGUGCUCGGAAACAAUCUACUGCUAACACUGCGAUUGCUUGUUGCGGGAACCUUUUGUUGUUGAUAUUGUCACAGAUACCAUGUGUUGUAGUACUCCCCAAGUGCAGCGAAGAGAGGCUCUCUAUUUAUGUAACUGCAUUUAUAUUUCAAAGUGACAGUGCACCGUGUUCCAUUCUGUAACUUGAAAGGAUAGGAGAAAAAAUUUGAUUUGAAAAAAGAAAAUUUCUCGUACUAUUUGCCUUGUGGCAUGUACAGCUUCUUGUGAUUUGCAGCAAAGAAGUGCCCAUCUAUUAGGUAAAUGAUUGUGUAGAAUAAUAUUUUAUUUGCUAAAAUUCAUGAUCCAACACUGUCGUUCCCGUAAA